AUGGUUGACGGAACAACCGACCUGUUACACGAAUUGCAAAAUGAAUAUUGCCCUCCACUUGAUACCGCGCUUUUUAGCGCGAUCAUCUCCGACUUUGACCUCACGGAUGCUACGAAUCUGGGGCAGUUGAGGGAUACACUCGAUGCCUUGAAAGUCUCCGCGGAAGAACAACAAGACCUCCCAUUUGAUCCUUCGGGGACAGGCGGCCUAGCUUCGACGGAAGCUGUCCAGAAUGACGGGACUACAUCGCGACAUGAUACGAAUGGAUCUAGAGAAGAUACUGAUAUCACUUCCUUGCAAUCCGAUUUAUCAUCUGUUUGGAUCGGAAGCGAUGAUAGUAGAACAAUUCGGACAGGAGGAUAUAUUGUUAGCCCCGAGGGCUCGCUCAGUUUGACCGGCUUGACGGCCGAAGAAAAAUUGAUUUACCUGUCAGAAAUGUUUCCUUCGGUGGCUCAAUACACUAUUAAACAUACUCUGGCCAAAUGCGACUACGAUGUGGAUCGCUCAAUGGAUGUUUUAUUGAACUUAUCGUUCUUCGACAGCCAGCCUACGGUUGACGAUGAAAUAAUAAUCUCGAUACCGAAGGGUAUUGAGGGAUUCGCAUCUCCGAGCACUAAUGGGAAGAGAAAAGGGAAGAACAAGAGAUCAAAAGCUAGGAAUUCGCCUGUUUUCUCCAAUAAUGAAAACGCAGUACCGUCUGGGGCCGGAUCACCAACGAACAAAUGGGACGCUGCUAAAGAUGAUUUGGAUUUUAUACAUUCCAGAACCUCAUCGGUGCUCAAGAAAGAAGCCGUCAUGUCCGCAUAUCAUAAGAACCAUGCGUCUUGCGCGAAAGCGAUUGAGCAUCUUGCGACGGCCCACGCUCCGAUUGAGACUGGCAAAGAUACUGUCGUUGUCUCGCAGGUUGCGGAGCUCGCUCAAGACUUUCCCGGCAUUCCAGCCACCACUUUAGAAGGCCUGCUCGCCAUUACAGGGAAUUCAGUAUCUGCUGCGAAUGAAUUAGCUAGGGCCAUGAUUUUACGGCCAUCUCCCCAACUCUCUGAUAUCAUUCGGAUCAAUGCGCCAGCUCCAGUUUUGGACGAGGACGAAACGCCUAAACGAAGCUCAAUCACAAUACCUAGAAUAGCAUCCAGCUACAGUACUGCGCAGAAUAUAGCGGAGGCCCACUUUGCCGCAGGUUCAACGGCUUUCAGUCAGGCAUCCAGUGCGUAUCGGAGGAGCAAAUCAGAUCGGCUGAUGGGGGGCGCAGCCGCAUACUACGCCUCCGUGGGCCGAGGCCAUAUCGAGAGAGCCAAAAGGGAGGCAUCUGCAGCUGCCGAUGCAUAUGUUAAUUUGCAGUCGACAUCAGAUGUUCUUGAUCUGCACGGUGUCAGUGUCAAUGAUGCAGUGCGCAUCGCUAAUACUCGUGUAUGUCAAUGGUGGGAUGGCCUGGGAGACGCGAAAUACACCGUAGGGGGUCUUGCUGGAAAGUCUUAUAAGAUAAUUACUGGCGCAGGUCGCCAUAGUCGUGACGGGACAUCACGUCUGGGGCCGGCAGUGGGCAAAAUGUUGGCCAGAGAAGGAUGGAAGGUGGAAGUUAGUGAGGGUGUACUCACCGUCACUGGCAAACGUCGGGCAAAGUGAAAGCUAUAACUAUCUAGUCGGCGAUGAAAGAUGUCUUGAUAUAGAAUUCAUACAUCUCAUACAUUUAUUCAAAGUUUGUGUGUUGUCA